AAUUUAGUCUUGUCGCGCAUUUGGAGAUAUAUUGGUAUAGCGUAAACAGAUCCAAUUCUAUUAAAUAAAGAAAAAAACUAUCAAAUAAUUUCUCUAAUUUAUAGAGCGAUAAUGCGAGUAUUUUAUCUUGAGUCUUGUUAAAAAAAAGAAGAGGAUUCAAUUAACUCAUUUUAUGUUGAUCGUUCUAUUACGAAGAACCCAAACAAGAUGUUGUCUUCUUUUAAACUCUUCCUCCUCGUUGUUUCUACUAUUCUGGAAAUAUCGGCUAGCACCAGAGGGGACUUUCCAUAUUACCACGGAGACUAUAAAACUUUCGAACUGGUUCACCCUUUUGUUGAAAAAUCGUCUGCCCAGGAAGCACGAUUACAGUUCAAUGCCUUCAACAGCUCAUUCGUAAUAGAUCUAAUCAUGUCACGAGUCAACCUCACACAAAAUCUUCCAGAGCACUGUGAUCAUUACGAAUCGAAAUCCCAAGUUUCUAUGGCAACCGUUUCUUUCUGCUCCGGAACGAUACAUGCCUUUAUAUUAGAUAAAACUAACACUUAUUCAUUAAUUCCAUUGGAUAACGAAAAGAAUGAACAUAUUGUUUAUAGGAAAUCCGAUUUAAAAUAUGAACCAAUUUGUGGCAAUCAUCCAAAAUCACCGAGUGGAAAUCGUGAUGAAAUUAACAUGAAAAGACUCAAGCGUAGCAUCUUACAGAGUCGACCGUAUGGAACACACAAGAAAACAAGAUAUAUAGAACUCUUCCUCUCUCUUCAUUACAAGAUUAGGAACAAAUAUACGAAAAACUCGAUAUUUGAUAAAGAAAAGUUAGAUAGAGAUUUAUCAAUUCUUAUGAUGAAUAUUAAUAAAUUAUUUACCGGCAUUGAUAUAUUCAUUGUUCUAACCGGUUACGAAGUUUGGAACAAGUACGAAAUUAAUGUUCUGUCCGAUUCAGCUAAAACGCUUAAAAACUACUUAUCCUACCGGAAAAGUCUUAAUAAGAAACAUUACAACGAUAUGGGAUACUUUUUAACCGAUAAAGCUUUUGCUAAUAACGUUGUCGGACGAGCUACCAAGAAUACUAUAUGUUCGGAUAGCAAUUCCGGAGGCAUUGCUUACUGGGGAGAUCACCAUCAAACGGCCUUGACAAUAGCUCACGAAAUAGGUCACAAUUUUGGAAUGGAGCAUGAUGAAGAUAACGAACAGUGCAAAACCAGCAAAUCUAUUAUGGCGGCUAAAGCAGACUCAUCAGAUUCAAUCGAUAGCGCUAAAUGGUCAAAGUGCUCGAGAGAGGAACUUGAAAAUGCCUAUUUUAGACGCUUUGAUAUCUGUCUGCAUAACCUCCCAAAAGUAAAUGCAAUAAAUCCCAAAUGCGGUAAUAGAAUUUUAGAGGAUGGCGAAGAAUGUGAUUGCGGUACGGAAGAAGAAUGCCUUAGUAAGUGCUGUCACGCAUCUAACUGCACUUUAACGGCUGGCUCUCAAUGCUACAAUGGAGAAUGCUGCUCAGACUGCAAAUUUCGUAAAGUUAGUACAAUUUGCCGAGAUAGUACAGGAGAAUGCGAUCUACCUGAAGCUUGCUCGGGAAAAUCUCAAUUUUGCCCAGAGGACGCCUUCAAGACAACUGGAUAUCCUUGUGCAGAGAAUAGUAGUUUUUGCCAUUUAGGAGAGUGCGUUCCUGAUUUGAACGCUCAAUGUAAGGCAAUGUGGAGAGGCUCUACAAGUGACCCACAAUGCUAUGCUACUAUAAGGAUAGGGAAGGAAUUGUGCGGUAAAUUCGAUUACGCUACAAAGAAAUAUGAGAUUUGUAAUAAAGAAAAUUAUCGUUGUUCGCCGCUUAUGUGUCUUCAUAAUCAAGAGAGCUCUCUAUUUCUAACUGAUACAUAUAGAAGAAGGAAUUUUAAAUAUAGACAUAACGGCAAGUUCUGUUCUCUACAACUAUAUGAUGUCGGCAGACAAGCCAGAGAUCCGGCAUUAGUGCAGAUCGGAACUUCUUGCGGUAAUGGACGAGUCUGUGUUGAUGAUAAGUGCGUCAACGCCUCUCUUGUAGCCUCGUCAUGUGGAAACUGUAGUGGAAAGGGUGUUUGCAAUAAUUUGAACCAGUGCCAUUGUGAUAAGGGAUUUGCACCGCCUCUUUGUAACAAGCACGGAGGCGGCGGUAGUUUACAUAGCAAUUCGCUAUACGCCUACGACGAAGAAUCGACCAAUGAUAGGAAAACUACUAUUAUUGUUGUUGUAAUAGUCAUAAUACUUUUCCUAGUUUUUAUGGGUGUAGGGAUUUUCUUUGCUGUAAAUAGGGUAUACUUUGAUAAAGUUCAAAGAAAUAUUCCCUUUCUUAAUUCUUGGAGGAGGAAAUCACCCAGGCAGUGGACCCCGAAUACUGCCAACUCUUUCAGGGGUAAAACAAUUAGUAAUCCCGUUAUGAGGAGAUCUUCCAAUAAGCAAUUGCCCAACAUUCCUCCUGUAAGACCACCACCUCCUGACUUUAAGAAGGCAGUGCCAUCACCCACAGCAGCAACCCAUACCUAUCAAAAUACUCAAGAAAUCUCUGAUAAGCCUGUUAUAUCUCCAAAGCCAGUUGUCUCAGCUUAUACACUGCAUUUAAGAAAUGAGAAUGAAAGCAAAUUAACAGUUUGUUAA